GGUGUGACCUCAUCUUGAUCGUGAGCGUCAGCAUUGAAGUUGAGGGACAUGAGAGGCAUGUGGUCCGCUCAUCCGCUGCUCUGAAGAAAGCCUCAGCUAGAAACGGACGCCUUCCCUGAUCCUUUAGGCUGCAGGCCGGCAGCAGCAAUGGCAGCAGCUCAUUCUGCGUACACCGCAUCAAACUUGCAAAAAGGCCCAGAUAUUGCUCCAAAGUCCACCUCUGCAAAUGAGCUGUCUUCAGACCACAAUGUGAUUGACGUCGAGCGUCUGCUGAUAGAAUCCAGACAGGUGCGCACAAAUGAUGCAAAUCCUGCUGAGGAGACUCAUUACGUACUUGUGAUCCAUGGCACAUUCUCCCAGCCAAAGAAGAAAGGAUUGGCGACCUGGUUUCACCCGGACCCGAACAAGGGCUCGGACAACUUUUGCGCGCGCCUCGCCGUCCGAUUGUCCGGCGGGCACUUUGGGGAGGAGUCCGUGUGGAGAGCGUUGCCAGAUCCGGAGCUGCUUCCAAAUGGGGUGCGGUAUCCGUUCUAUUGGGAUGGCAGCAAUACGGAUGAGGGGCGCAAGGAAGGGGCGUGGCAGCUUGCCAAACUGAUCCGGCACAUUGCAAACCGGGACCCGUCAGCGCGGAUCCACCUCAUUGCCCAUUCACACGGAGGGAAUGUGGCGCUCAAGGCGAUCGAGCAGUACGUCCAGAAGCUGGAGCCGCGGAGUGCCGAGGAGGACUGGCCGGACGCCGUCCGCGAGCGCUUUCGGAUGGCGCACCAGGCGCAGGCGGACGAGAUCGCGCGUUGGCGGAAAGUGGAGGGAGUGCCCUGGUUUGGCCGCGUUGUCCCAUUCCUAGUUGUCCGAAGGGGGCGGAAAGGGGAGGUGAAUGCCCAGGAGCUCUAUCCCUGGGGCUACCAUCGCUACGUGGAUGCGCUGCUCCAUCUGGGGCGGCGAAGGAAGAUGCUCUACCUGUCGAACAGGCGCAUGACGUCACCCGUCAGCAACGCGCUGGGCAAGGCCGUCUUCCUGGGCACGCCCUUCUACCGCAAGCAGUGGACCACGUGGGCGAUUCCCCGCAUUCUACUUUCCUUCCUCAUCUCCCUCGUUCUGGGCUUCGUGAUAACGGUCAUGGCGGUCGCAAUUUGGGCUAACAUUUUCGGCUUUGACACCAGCAAUAACGCGGUGCUGUUUGUAGCGAUCGGCCUGUCGGUGCUGCUCUUCUUCGCGGAGCUGGUGGGCUUUGCGGAGCGGACGCUGUUCCGGAGCGGCAACAUGUACCACUCGGACAAGGUCCCGUGGUCCCCCGCCCAGCACGCGCUGGCCAUCCAGGCCGGCAAGCUGGACGAGGCCGCGCUCGCGCUCUCCGCCGAGCCGGCCGCGCGCGCUUUCCUCCUGCCCCUAGUUCGCCGCGCCACCGCGCACGCGGGCUUCGUCGCGUUUCCGCGGCGCCCCGGCGCGCACGCGCCCGCGCGCGCGUGGGUCUUCUACAACCUGGCGAUCUUUCGCGCGGUCGUCCUCAACGUAGUUCUCCUCUUUCCGCGCAUCAUCUUCUGGGCCAUUAGCAAGAUCGUGGUGCGCAAUACGUUCAAUACGAUCCGUUCGAUUCUGAUGGGGCUCGCGUACGGGCUCGACACGGCGAACCUAAAGAACGCGCGCGUUGACGUGGAGGAAACGUUGGUGCUCGGGGGAUCCCCCCGGAACAUCCGCACGUGGGACGUGCGGCGGCUGUUGGCGCUGGCGGAAGAGCGCGGGCUCGCGCGCACCUGGGUCGAGGACUUCGCGCGGGAGCAGCCGGACGGAAUGGGAAGCAGAAACGGAAGCGGAAUGGGGCGGUCUAGGUCGGAAACAAACCUGGCGAAAGAAGGAGAACCGUUUGGCAACGGGAUGAGUUCUGGCCGGGGCGCACAGGGAGCUGCAUUCAGAACCACGAGCGGUGAGUCGAGCCGCAGUUCCGGUGAAGCGUCGAGCGGAUUCGGCGGAAUCGGCGGACCGGUCAACGGAACUGCUCCGGUGUUUGCGAGGGGUCUCCAGAACGCGGAUGCACGACUCGCAGGAAGCGGAGAGAGUUUUACCGGAACAGAGCCGACGUCCGGGCGAAAUCUCCGGAACGGGGCCAGUGGGGCAGCGGCGCUUGACGGAACGGAGUCGGCGUUCGGGCGGGUUCCUCGGAACGGGAGCGGCAAGGGACCGGUUUUUGAGGAAAUCAUGUCCUCUUCCGCGAGCUCUUACUCCUUCCUGUGGGACGACGCCGAGUUGAUCGCGCGUUCGGAUUCGUCGCUCAUGUUCGGCAAGCUCCGGGAACAGUUGUCGCGGAUCGACCACAACCCGCGGCUGACGAAAGCGCAGUACGCGCGCGAUCUGCGGUGCCUGUGCUGCGUGGUCGAGGCGCGGUUCUGGGAGAUCCGCAACCAGUGGCAGCUGACGCAUGCCACGUAUUACCGGAACCAGGAUAUCGUGGAGGCGGUCGUUGCGUUUCUAAACGCGUUGGAGGUGCCUACCACUUGAAAAAACGUGGAACUCCUUCGGAUGCCUCUCAAGUAGAGGAAUGUAGAGUCAAACUGAUUCCAUCAGGCUAGCGGCUUGACGGACGCUUAUCUUGUUUGCGUUUCAAAGGGGGGUUGUUGGUUGUUGUACAGCGCGUCAGCCAAAGUCACUCCCUGGCAGGCCAUGAUAAGCCGAAGCGGAGGCCGUACUUUGGUAGUGCCGGCUGAGCGCGACGUGGCCAAUCCGCGACUCGGCUUCAUAAACAUGAUUAAUCAGGCGCAUUAACGUAGGAGCUAAGUAGUACUGUAUCUGAUUGCCACGGUUUGCAAUCAAAGAAUCAGAGUCAAGAAAUACAAUCCAACCGUAUGGAUGCCUCGCGAACUGCGGGCGCAAGCUGUAUAGCUGUGUCAAAUGAUUCCCAAGUUGGAACACGUCAUCCUUUUGACUAUCAAAGAUAAACUGUAAUAGUUUUCCUGUAAGACUUAUAAACGCUCCUUGUACAGACAAUUGCAUGAGUCUGUACGUCUAUCACCGACUCCGGCCCGUCGAAUGAGAC